UUUUUACAUCUUCCACAAACCUUGUUCACACAGUACCCGCCAUUUAUCUCUCUACAAUACUCCCACCCCAUUGGUAAACCCACAGCCACAAUAAUUUAAUCCUACCCUUUACCCUUUUUUUUUUUUCUAAUUUAUACUAUAUAUAAAUACCCCCAACAUCUCCCUUCUCUUUUUUCUCAUCAUCAAUCAAUAAACCAAAUUUCCUUCUUUAAUUUUCUGCCCAUAGUAGCAACAACAAAGAACAAUCCUAUCAACAAAGAAAAAAAACCAUUACAACAAUCUGGGUGUUUUUCUUUUUUUCUUUUUCAUUGACAAGGAAAUAUAGAUUGUAUAUUUGGUUUAGAGGGUAAUAUCCCAGGUUAACAAGUUGUAGACAUCACGGCUAUACACAAAGUAAACCGUCGCCGACCACUCUUACAUGUUCGGGCAGUACGACGUAAGGGUUGUGUAACGGCUACUAAUCCUGCUCCCCACGGUGGACGUGGCGCUUUGCCAUCUGAAGGUGGUAGUCCUUCCGACCUCCUCUUCCUUGCCGGCGGCGGUUCCAUUUUCUCCUCCUACUACUAGAUAUAGCUUGCUUUUACUUACCUACCUUAGAUCUCUAGAUUAUUCCGUACAGUUUAAUUAAGGUUGUUCUACCUAGUAAAAAUUCGAAGAUAAAAUCACAAAAAAGAAGUAAAGAUGAUGCUUAAGAUUAAGAGGGUUCCUACACUUGUCUCUAACUUCCAAAAGGAUGAAGAUGAAAUUGGUGCUCGUGGUGUCGGCUGUGGUCGGAAUUGCUCAACUGAAUGAGGGAAGGCACCUCAAGAAGAGGCCAACUGAGUUUCGAGUUGAUAAGGUGCUGCAGCCUUUUGAUGGAAGCAAGUUCAACUUCACUAAGGUUGGACAGGAAGAGUUGCUCUUUCAGUUUGAAGCAAGUGAUGAAGAUGAAGUCCAGCUCUACCCAGAUGCACCCAUUGAUGCUGAGAAAUCUCCAAGUGUUGUUGCCAUCAAUGUCAGUCCCAUUGAAUAUGGACACGUGCUUUUGAUCCCUAAGGUCCUUGAAUGCCUUCCCCAGAGGAUCGACAGGGACAGCUUCUUGCUUGCGCUGCAUAUGGCUGUGGAAGCAGCAAACCCAUACUUCCGAUUGGGUUACAACAGUUUGGGUGCAUUUGCUACCAUCAACCAUCUUCACUUUCAGGCUUAUUACUUGGCUGUGCAAUUCCCCAUUGAGAAGGCCCCAACUCAGAAGAUAUCCGUUACUGGUGCUAGAGUGAAGAUAUCGGAGAUGCUGAAUUACCCAGUUCGAGGACUUGUCUUUGAGGGUGGAAAUACUUUGGAGGAUUUGGCCAAUGUUGUCUCAGAUUGUUGCAUUUGCCUGCAAGAGAACAACAUCCCCUACAAUGUUCUAAUCUCUGAUUCUGGAAAAAGGAUAUUCCUUCUCCCACAGUGCUAUGCAGAGAAACAAGCUCUUGGAGAGGUCAGCCCUGAACUCCUCGACACCCAAGUCAAUCCUGCGGUUUGGGAGAUUAGCGGACACAUGGUCUUAAAGAGGAAGGAGGAUUACGAGGGUGCCACCGAGGCAAAUGCCUGGAGGCUUCUUGCUGAGGUCUCACUCUCCGAAGUGAGGUUCCAAGAGGUUACUGCUCUCAUCUUUGAAGCCAUUGGUCUCAGUGUUGAAGAGAAUGAGCACGCCCCUGAAGGUUCUCCUGAGGAUCUAGAUGUCACACCACCUCAGCCCAUGGAGGAAAUCGAUGGUCUCAGCACCCACACUACCAUGGUUCCCGUCUAGGGCUUCCCAUGGCCAAGCUCUGGUGUUGUUCCCGUCUUUAUCUCUCUCUUUGCUGGCUGCCCUUGUGAAAUAUCACUAAAUAAGGCAAAGCCAUGUUGUGUUGAUGAAUUUGGUCUGUUCUUCUAUGAAUUGAAACCUUGUUUCUUAUUGCUUUUAGGUUGGUCUGUGAAUUGACCUUUGGUACGACGUUUGUUGUUCUUAAUUCUAAGACUAUUAUUUGCUAAUGGAAGUUGGAUUUCCUCUUUUUGUUGUUAAAA